UCGCCCUUUUACAAUAUGGCUGGUGUUGUGGUGACAGGCCAUGUCUUAUUGGAGGACGGCUGACAUUUUAAAACGGGCUCCGUUGGCAUGCCAGCUGAAUUUAAUGCAUCCAAAAUGACUGCAGAAAUUAUUCAAGGAAGAUGGAGAUAUUGUAUGCGUUUACUGAUUUAAGAAAUGCCUCUUGGACCUCUGGUGUCGUUGGGAUUUGUAGUUCUGUUUGGAUGCGCUGCUGUGUGAGCAUGUCGUUUUCAUUAUCGGUCUUUUUAGCAUCUUUGACCCAGUGAACUGUUCAGGGGUUUGUUCUCUCUCUCUCUCUCUCUCUCUCUCUCUCUCUCUCUCUCUCUCUCUCUCUCUCUCUCUCUCUCUCUCUCUCUCUCUCUCUCUUAUUUAACUUUACAACGUAAUGGCGGUCAAUUUAUUAAGCCAAUUUGCCGCCCAUAGAAUGUAUAUUGCUAUUUUAGGGUAAGCUUGUAGGUUCACCCAUUAGAAGGGCUCUGCUAGUACUAUGGCGAAGGCACAGCUCAUGAAUAAUAAAUAGGUCAUGCUGACGUUGCUUCGUAAUCCUUACUGAGGCGUUCUGUCACGUAACUUGUGUGAACGCCCCCUUUAUUGCCUUGCUGACUGUCUAUUCAACGGUUACCAGCGCUUGUAUAUUAGCCAAUCAGAUGUGUCUACGCUAUGCAACGUAAUACAUAUGUAUAAGGGUCUCUUUAUCAUAGUGGGAUUGACGGAUUGGCCGAGUUCCGGUUAUUUCAUGAGCGUCUUGCGUCCUCUACAGGUUGUAAACAGUCACUGCAUGGGUGUUUGACGCGCUGCAGUGCGGACCAGCGCAUAGGAUGCGCGACCGGACACUUGCGUUAGGUUGAUGUUAUGUAUGCAUCCAAAUGCAUUCGAUGGCUCUGUUAUCUGGAUAGAAUAAUAUAAUAUAAUAUAGGCAAUAACCUUGUACCUUUGCGUCAUAAACUUGUUUGCGUGAUUUUAUUUUAUAUGCAUGCUGCUUCCAGUAGGUGUUUUGUGAUUGUUGGCUUUGAGCGCGUUAGCUAUGAUUUAUCAGUGCGACUGAAGAAUGUUUUGUUUUAUGCAUAAAUUACAUUGUAAAGCCUAACAUAUUCCGAUUCAGUUUAUGUCAGUUAGUAGUAAACCCGCUAUUCAUUUGAGUGCACUUAGAGAUCAUUUUUGCAUCAUGUUGCAUUAAGAAUAAGAAGCCGAAAUCGGGCGGUUUAUGAUUUUAAAGAAGGUCCCAGCUGAUGGUUUGUGUCACCGCAAGGUCCCAAAUGAAGAUUUCAAAACGACGGAAAGGACUGACUUUUCGUAGUCUCUGUGCCAGAUAAAUGGCUCGUUUAAGUUGGGGGCUGCCAGAGUGCUCUCUGGGUUGCAGUGCCUAGCGCCAGCUCUGCAGGACAACGCCAACAUGAACGGCACUGCGGAGCAGCAGGAUAUUCUGCCUCCAAACUGCAUGGUCAAAGAGAGAUGGAAAGUGUUGAAGAAGAUAGGUGGAGGGGGAUUCGGGGAAAUCUACGAGGCGUUGGACCUGCUGACACGGGAGAACGUGGCGUUAAAAGUGGAGUCAGCUCAGCAGCCCAAACAAGUCCUGAAGAUGGAGGUAGCGGUUCUGAAGAAACUGCAGGGUAAAAAUCAUGUGUGUAAGUUCAUUGGCUGCGGGCGAAACGAUAAGUUUAACUAUGUCGUCAUGCAACUGCAGGGUAGAAAUCUGGCGGAUCUCAGGCGAAGUCAGCCACGUGGCACCUUUACCAUGAGCACAACUCUUCGCCUGGGAAAACAGAUCCUAGAAUCUAUAGAGGCCAUUCACUCUGUUGGCUUCCUCCACCGAGACAUCAAACCGUCAAAUUUUGCCAUGGGAAGGCUACCUUCAACGUACAGGAAAUGUUAUAUGCUAGACUUUGGCCUCGCACGACAAUAUACCAACACUAAUGGAGAAGUUCGACCGCCCAGAACUGUUGCAGGAUUUCGUGGGACUGUUCGAUACGCAUCUGUAAAUGCACAUAAAAACAAAGAAAUGGGUCGCCAUGAUGACCUGUGGUCUUUGUUUUACAUGUUGGUUGAAUUUGCUGCUGGACAGCUGCCGUGGAGGAAAAUCAAGGACAAGGAGCAGGUGGGUCAGAUUAAGGAGCGUUAUGAUCACAGGAUGCUUCUUAAACACAUGCCAUCAGAGUUUAAUGUCUUCCUCGAGCAUGUUUUAGGCCUCGAAUAUUACACCAAACCAGACUAUCAGCUCUUGAUGUCAGUGUUUGAGAACAGCAUGAAAGAACGCAUCAUCACAGAGAAUGAGCCGUACGAUUGGGAGAAAAGUGGGACGGACUCCAUGAUGUCUGCCACCACACCUACUACAGCGCAACAAAACACACGGCCCACAGCAGCGAUGGUUGGGGUCAUCAAUGUGACCCUGAUGCCAGGUGACGCUCAGAGGGAGAACACUGAUGAUGUUGUCCAGGACGAGCACUUGAGUGAUCAGGAAAACGCCCCUCCAGUUCCCUCCGGACAGCCGGCUGAUGGCAGCCAGUUACCCACGGAUGCAGACGGGUGGGAGGAAACCGAUAUCAACCGCAACAAACUCAGGAUUACUUUUGGAAAGGGGGGUCAAGAGGAUGACCGUAACCGGGGUGUGUGUCCUGCUUCACCACAAAGGGGAGGGGGAGGUUUGGACUCUCCAGGUGUGCAGGUGCACUCGCUCAGGUUCAGACGGGUCAACAGCCCAGAAUCAGACCGUUUUUCUGCCGCUGAAGGGCGAGAGGGUUACGGGCAACGAUCUCGAAUGGACAUCCUGGGUUCUCCCUCUCGGCACGUUUACUCCUCCCAACCCGCUCAGAUGCUGUCUGUGGACGGUUGCCGUGGAGACCGCGGGCGUAACGAGGCCUCUGCGUCAGUGGACCAGGAAGCCCACAGCAACGCCUUCAUUCGUUCUGUACCACUCGCUGAAGAGGAGGACUUUGACAGCAAAGAGUGGGUGAUCAUAGACAAAGAAACAGAGCUCAGAGACUUCCACCACCCGCCAGGGGCCGAGCCCACCACAUCCGGCACCACGGAUGAAGAGCCGGAGGAGUUACGCCCUCUAGAGGACGGAGAAGAGCGGCGGAGACAUAGAGGGACAGAUCCGUCGGUCAGACCCAAGACGUCACUUGGAGACCGGACGACACGGGGUAUGCUGCCCCUUACGGAGGAGGAGACGUCCAGGAGGAGUGGGAAAGGGCUGUCGACGUCAGUGGAGAGCCCUGUGCAGUCACCGUGUCACUCGCUGCCCUCCGGACGGCCUCGGCGGAAAGAGACAGACCCCAACGGACCUCAGAGACAGGUCUCUGCCCCAAGUGAGCCUCUGUUGUCACCGACUGACUACAGGACUAAAUCGCCAUCCUCAGAGAAGGAGAUGUUCCAUAUCCUUCCCAAACUGCAGGCUAAACGAGCUGACUUUCUCACCGUCAUGCUUACAGGUAGCCUGCAUCAUCGUCGGGGCUUCACGUCCACACCACCUGAGACUCAGCAUGAAGGACCUAGAGAUGAUGAUGUCACGAAAAGCGAGUCUAGUAGUGGAGCAAGCGAAAAGAGUACAGAACGUAGUCAAGAUGGUGCACCAUCCACCUUAGUGGCUGAUGAUCCUCACAAGGAGCAGAAGGAACUGGGUUCAGUGGCUGAUAUAGAUCCUGAACUAGAGGACGUCUCGAAGACUCUUGUUUUGUUUUCACCAGGAGACAUGAAGAAGUCUCCAAAUGUUAUGAAUGGGAAUGAAGUGGAUCAGGGUAUCGCAGGUUCUGAUACUCCUCAAAAUGUGCAGUCUGUUAAAGGUGAUCAAAUAGAGGUGCAGGUUCAGGAGGAUGUUAAGCAGGUGCAGAGGCCCUCAGAUGAUGGAGACCCAUCAAUACAGACGUCUAAACCAGUGCUAACCAUCUCAACGACUCCAGUGGCCUCAGCCUCAAUUGCUUCACCCCCCUUCUCCAAAGUAGAGCACACUUUUGUACACAUUGCUGAGACAACCCAUCUAAAUAUCAUGUCUUCACAUGGUGCAGAGGUCAGAGAAGGAGACCUGGACAUUUUAGACAUUGCUGAGGACGUUGAGCUGAAAAUCAAGUCAGUCCUUUCUCUAGAGCCAGAAGGAGUUGUCUAUCCUGAAGUCAACUCUCAGACUCCUACAGAGGAGACUCAGGUACUCAAUGUUCUGGAUGGUUCUUUCCCAAAGGAGAUUUCUGACAAACAGGAAGGUCUUAUGGUUCCCAUAUCCAUAGAGUUAAGGGAACCCCUCCAGCAAGAUUCAUCAACUGAUGGAAAACUGCAAACAAAAGAAGAACAUCAAGAGGAAAAGCUAGUACCUGGGAAUGGCACAUGCGGUAUUGGGCUUUCUAAACGUCCACGGACAAGGAGCAAGAGUCGCAUUCCUAUUCUGGUCUCAGAAGAGGACAUGGGAUCAGAACAAUCCCUUUCUUCCAGAGAAAGACUGCGAAGAAGAGCCAUUCAGCAGGACUUGUCACGUAUUGCUGUGGAAAGACAACGGCAGGGACGCUGGAUGAGACUGAAUUCCAGGACUUCUUCCUCGUUGUCUUCUGGAGAAGAUCCCAAGAGAGCCUCAGAGACUCUUGCUACUAUGUGCUCAGAGGAGGAUGUUCAUGAAUCUUACGAUUCCCUUAUCAAGCUUAGGAAGGAGGCUGAUGAGAAGAACAGGACUGUGUGGAGCAGCAGGAUCCCCAGACCAGUAACCCCAAUAAGGAAGCCUUCAAGCAAACUAGUGGUUGUGGCCGCUGUUAUCUUGUCAGGAGCUAGCACUGUGAAAUUAGAGCAAAAAUCAAGCAAUGGCCCAAAGGUUGAAUCGCAAACAGGAUCAAGCGCUCCACCACUCCACACAAGAUCGAAAUCGACACUGUCCCGUUCGACCGUGCCAAGUGGAAGUAAUCGCAUGCCUUUCCACUGCAUUCCUGCGCCAUCCCAUCGCAGCUUAAGCACUGCAGACUGCACUUUCCCCUCCAAACGCAUUGCUAGCCCCUCGCCCCUGAGGUUGCCCCUGCGAACUGUGGUCAGUGAGUCGCGCAAGCAGCCAUUUGCCCUCCGAACCACUGUGGAGUCCAGGACUACUACUUGCAGCGGCCCAAAACAAUCCCCCAAUACAGCUGUGAGGAAUCGAACCAAAGCUUCUGCUCCGUUGAAGAACACAGUUCCCGUGAGAAUGGAAAAAAGCACAAGCAACAACGCAGCCGCAGCCAGAUAAGACACAGCGACUGCUGAUUACUGCGAUUGUUUUCUUCUCAAGUACUUGAACAUAUUGCCUCUAAAGUGCAUCUUCCCCAUUGACCAAAAUGAACCUUUUAUGUUCUUCCUAAUUAACAAAUGUCUUGUUCCAAUUUUGAACUCUGCACCAAAUAGUUUUAUGUUGUACCAUAAGAUAGCAGAACUUUCACACAUUUAGCUAACACGGUGCUAUACUCUAUACAGUAUGUGUGUUCUGUUGUGCAUAUUUAAUUUAUAUCUGGUUUUUGAAGGUGUACUUUAUAUUUAGUUAGAUAAGACUUUGACCCUUGUCAAACAUGGUAAAUUGCAUUGACAAUACUAUAAUCCACCAGGCACACAGAACAUUGUAAUAUCUACCACAUAUCCAUCGAAAACACUGGUCUGCAGCUAGGCCCUCUUUGUAAAACUUGUGACAAUGGGCAUGCCUUGUCUUUAGCUUGUUUCAAGUGUUGGAAUAUACCGCUGUAUGCUUGUACAAAUUCCUUACAGUAUUUCGUGCAGAAACCUCUUUAUUUUUUAUCAGGCAAAAGAAAUGGUAAAGUAUUUGGUUCUUAUUUUGUUAAAGGAGUAUAUUGUUGGUUCCAAACCAAGCUGUCUUGGUUUUUAAGCAUGGCAAACUUCACACACUAUUUAUUGUCAAUAUGAAUUAUUUCUAAAUGAAGCAGUCCCACCUAUUUUGCUCUUAUUACAAUAGUGAGAGUUUCGUUGGAGAGCA